CACAGUUAUAUUAUAGAUCCUUAAAAACCUCUUUAACAUAGACAUAACAGUUCAAGAAAGAGAAGAAAAGAUCCAAACAUAAAGAGAGAGAGGGAAAUGAAUCCACAACAUAAACAUGGAAGAAGCAGGUGGAAUGGGAAGAUGGUGAUGUUUGGAGUGUUAAUUAUGGGAUUAUGCAUUACUGGUUAUGUAGCAGGUCCACCACUCUAUUGGCAUCUCUCUCAAACUAUUUCUUCCUCUGCCCAUUAUUCUUGCCCCUCUUGUCCUUGUGAUUGCGCUACUCGGCCCCUUCUCUCUUUUCCACAAGGUGUGAAUGUGACUUCUUUUACAGAUUGCAUGGAACAUGAUCUGGGGGUGAGUGAGGAGGAAGAGAGAAACUUCACGGCGUCGUUGGCGGAGGAAUUAAAGCAAAUGGAGAAUGAAACAACGGAAAAUCAGAGAAGAGCAGACAUGGCACUGCUGGAGGCAAAAAAGAUGGUGUCUCAAUAUCAAAAGGAGGCAGACAAAUGCACUUCAGGGAUGGGAACUUGUGAAGAAGCUAGGGAAAAGGCUGAAAUUGCUUUAGAAGCACAGAGACAAAUCACUGCUAUGUGGGAACUCAGAGCACGCCAUCAAGGAUGGAAACAAGACCUUGUUUAACUCUUAUAGUGUCUAGAUAUAAAGCAAGUAAACUGGCAUUUCACCAGUUUAUUAUUGAUAAUAUUCAUCCAAAUGUAUUAGUGCCUAGCUAAUCAGGAAAUUUCCCUAACAAUAGAAGUCAUUUUCUUAAAGCCAGUCAAUGUUAUAUAAUUAUAGAGAAGCAAGAAACUGAAACAACUCCUUCUGUUCAUGGUUUAUCGGUUUGGAUUCACUUCAGGAAAUAUAUC